CGUGUAUAUAAAGGGACAGCAACACCUCACCUCGACGACCCCCGCCCCACCACCUGCGCGCCUUUUGCUUCCUCAACCCCUCAUCAUGGACAUGGAGGAGGAUCCAGCAGGCGGCGAAGACCUCUCUUCCACGGCCGCCAGCGGCCACUCCUGCUCCGGUGACGACGGCGAGGAGAGUGGCUGGACGUCCUACAUCGACUACUUCAUGGAGACGCAGCAGCGACGACGACGCAAGCAGGGGGACGUGAGCCGUGCUGCUGCUGGUGAUGGUCCAUCCACCGACGACGAUGCUGGGCGCCGCCGCAGCUCUACGGCGGAGUGCAGUAGUGGCGCUGGAGUGGGAGCCUCGUCGUCAUGCCUGGCGCCACCGGUGCUCGUCGACCCGCCAGUAGUGGUGGUGUCGAGAAGGUUGAGCCUCAGGGAGGGCUGGAGGAGGAAGAAGGUCCUGCACGAUGAGUCCUUGGAGGAUACCGCCACGUCUCCUAUCAGUAGCCCUAAGUUGAUUGAGUUGAGGGAUCCCGACGACGCGACCCACCACCAGACGAAAACGAGUUGCUGUGCUGAGAUUUCGCGUUCUAAGCGGAAGAACAGUACAGGCGGUGAUGUAAACAACGGGGCAAACACAAGAACAGACACGGCGGCGGUCAAGGAAGACAGUGCAGCAUAUAGCAACGACGAUGAAGCUGAGGAAGAAAUAAGCAGGCCUAAUUUGGUCGGCCCGGCCUAUGCCUGCUUCUCGUGUAUAGCUGAUGGCGAUGCCAACAAAUUCAUUGGUUGCUAGCUGAAAACAACAACACCCUACGUACGUACACACAUGCAUAUAUACAUGUAGUACACACUGGCACACAUGAGAAAAUUAAAGGUAGCAGCUAGAGAGUCUUGUGAAGGUUAGCCAUUCCGUUCCUGUUUGUGAAAAGGGUACAAAAGCUACUAGCUUUCACUUCACACAUGAGAGAAGAAGCUAAGGAGAAGAGGUACAGGCUGCUGUGGGUGGGUUCGAUGGUAGGUGAGACAUCGCAAUGCUAUGUUAGAUAUGGGGUCUAUUCCAUCUAUCUUGUGACCAAGAUUGUUAUCAUCAGUUACACUCUUCUGUUCUGUUCAUGUGCAUGCCUGAGAGCUAGCUAGUUGUUGAUCUAUCUAUCUGUUCCUUA